AUGAGACUACCAAUGGAAGAAUGCAUCAGUUCGGCACUGUCGCUAUUUACGUCCCCACAGCCGAAUUGGGACAUCUGUAAUCACGACCUCUCGGAGGGCUGCGUCUGCUCUGGCUCUCACUUGCGCUACACUGUGCUUCAGGGAGAGCCCUACGACGGAAUAGGACGUCUCCCAACCGAAAUGCUCGCGGAAAUCUUCGUGCACGCGCUAUCCAGUUUCAACGUAGGCGAUUUUGCGCCUGAUACGGUCCACUGGAAGCGCAUCGACCAGGCUCUUGUCAUCAUGGGAGUCUGCCAUCGCUGGCGGCAGGUCAUGUUGGCGCGUGUAUUCAGCCGGAUUGUCUGGAACAAGAUACCUUGUUCUGCCCGGUCCGGCAACUUCGUAGAGCUUCUGCUCGAGCGUUCCAAGGAUCAACCCAUCUCUCUCAAUAUAGCGCACCCCUCUGCGGAUGAGAACCAUCGUAUGACGCUAUACAAGCUUGUGUCUACUCAAGAUAGGAUCGAGUCGCUGUGCGUCUUUGGCUGGCGUGCCCGGGUUGCAAUCCCGUUCUCGAGGCCUGAAAUGUCGUUCCCUCGCCUACACACCCUGGUAUUGAGUUCGUCCGCGCCCUACUGCGAUGUACGCCCAUGUGACAGCACAAUCGACCAGAGGACCUUAGGGUGCUCUCGCUUACCAUCCCUCCGCACUCUACGGAUCCUCACUCAUACACACCUCCUCGCGACCAGAAUGGCAGCCAGCCUGCAAGAACUUCAGCUUCACUGCGUUCGGAACCAAAUGGAUCUCAUCCAAUCGCUGGCCCACGUUCCGUUCCUUCGUAUCUUGAAACUCGACCGGCUUUAUGACGCCGAAGACGUUUAUCACAACCUACCGCCGCCGACCAGCAUACCCUCGACGUUUCUCAAGGGUGAAUACGCAAUUCCAACCCGCGUACCGCUCGACGCGUUACAAGUUUUGACCGUUCUUUGGGCCGGAGGAGCAGCAUUGGCGACGUUCCUAGGCUCGCUGUCUAUUCCUGAGAGCGCGACCGUCUUCACUCGCUGCCUCGUCGAAUCCGAACGUGACCAACAAGCUUGGCCGGACCUGGCACAAGUUGUGACCCGUCACCUCAGAGAUGACGGUGAUUUUGGCGUAAGCAGCGUCCGCAUGCAAAUACGUUGGCCCAUCUCUCAGGAAGGCGCUAUCAUGGUUCAAUGCCUGUCUCCGUCAACUGACACGUCCACAAAUCUGGUGACGCUGCACCCGCGCCUCACGCUCCAUGUUCACUCUCGCAAUCAUCUCUCUUACUCGGAUGUCCUCGUAGAACUUUCUCGCUGCAUACCGCCGCAUGCCGUCGCGGAUCUUCAAAUCCGCUCCUCUGACGUCAGACCUCGCAAUGGCGCUUUUGUGGACUUGGCUUUCCCCGCUAUCUUCGCUUGCUUCCCCAACGUCGGUACCCUGGAGCUCUUUGGCAACAUCGCGCCGGCGCUAUACGCAUUAUCGCUCCCGUCAUCGUACCUCAGUUGCUCAGUCACUAUGCACCGACUUCACGACCUGAUUCUUCACGACACUUCUUCGCAGACAAUGUCCCGGAUUGCGGAGCUCCAACAGCUGCUACGUCUGCUUCACCGGGUGCGGUCCUUUUCCAACGUCGCGUCUGUUCUCAUCAAGCAAACAAUUUGGAGCCCGCUGCAUCAUGAAGAGAGAUUGGAUGCAAUCUUCGCGGUGGACGAUAAACCCGCUGAGAUUAUGAUGGGCAUGCAGCGCCUUGUCGAAGCCCUUGCGACACGCUUCAACCCGUCUAGAAAACCCAGGUCGACUAUGUGA